CGGAAGAAAGGGUGCGACUACUACAACAAGUAAACUGUGUCGAUCAUCUGCAGUGGAAAUAUUGUUUUAAGUGGAUUGCAUGAUUAUCACUUAGGAGGAAAAAAGAAAACAAAAUGCGAGAGUGAAUCCAGAAUAAUCAGUUACCAUGUCUCUGCAAGUGGUGGUCAUUAAGGCCACGAAUGUCCCGAAUGCAGAGAAAUUCGGGGAAAGUGAUCCUUAUGUAGCCAUCGAGUUCCAAGGUAUAAAGAAGAAGACAGAGGUGAAAAAAUCCAAUCUAAAUCCAGUUUGGAAUGAGACUUUUGAUCUUGAUCUAAGUGGGAGACCCUUAACUGCUUCAGAUGAAUUACAAGUCAGCGUCAUGGACUGGGAGAGGGUGGGCCGAAACAGACUUCUGGCCCAGACAAAGGUCCCCCUGCGGAAUUUACUGCGAGGUGGAGCCCAGACCGAAUCCCUCAACCUCAGCCUCAAGGACAGUAAUGGACGCCCCACUCAGGCCCAGCUUGAGAUGAAGUUGAUGUACAAGCCACCGGCCUCGGCAGCCCCACCUGCUUCUUCAGGGGCUGCGGGGGGCAGUGACCCCACCCAGGAGAGUCAAGGUCAGGUAAUGGGGGAUUCCCUGUUGGAGGGAGAUGAGGAGGAGGAGGAAGAAGAAGUGGACACUGGUCCCCCCCAGAUUGACCCCGCCACUGGACAGGUCAUCCCCAAACCCAAACGGAAAAAGAAGCGGGGAAACAAAAUGGGGCGCAGAAAACUACUGGAAAAUCUCUCCACCAAGCCAACAGACUUCCAGAUCAGGGUCAAGGUCAUAGAAGCCAGACAGUUACAAGGGGGAAACAUCCAGCCUGUUGCCAAGGUAACUGUCGCCAACCAAACAAAGCAGACUCGUGUGAAGAAGUCGACUAACAGUCCCUGCUGGAACGAGGCUUUCUUCUUCAAUUUUAAAAUCUCCCCGGCGGAACUCAUGGAUGAGCUGGUGGAAUUCAAGGUUUUUAACUCCAAGAAGCUGAGAUCUGAUGCAUUGAUUGGCUCCUUCAAGUGUGAUGUUGGUAUGGUGUAUCUAGAACAAAGACAUGCCUUCCUCCAAAAAUGGCUGUUGCUAAGCGACCCUGAGGAUCAAAUGGCGGGGGCCAAGGGUUACCUGAAAGUGUGCGUGUGUGUCAUAGGCCCAGGGGACGAGGCACCGAGCUUUAAAGCGGUGGCUGGAGAAGAAACAGAUGACAUUGAAAGUAACUUACUCCGUCCAGCUGGCGUCCAGUUGCGGCCCGCGACCUUCAUCCUUAAACUUUACCGCGCAGAGGAUAUCCCAAGGAUGGACUCGGCCUUUAUGCAAGGAGUGAAGAAGGUGUUUGGAAUUGGAGAAGAACAAAAAGAACUUGUGGAUCCUUACUUUGUCUUCAGCUUUGCAGGAAAAGAGGUGCAAUCUAAAAUCAUGUACAACAAUGAUCAUCCUGACUGGAAUCAAGUGCUAAAAAUUGGGAUUCAGUUUCCUUCGAUGUGUGAACGUCUUAAAUUCAUUAUCAGGGACUGGGAUAGAAUUAGCGAAGACGACACCAUUGGAACUGAAUUUCUAUUUACCUCCCUUAUCUCUUCUUCAUCGGGCGGCAGCGGUAUUUAUUUUUGCUUUCUACCCACCUUUGGCCCCAGCUUUGUGAAUUUUUAUGGAUCCACCCGUGAAUAUUCUGAUUUACCUGAUGAAUAUGAUGACCUUAAUUUGGGAAAGGGAGAAGGCGUGGCCUACAGAGGGAGGGCGUUGGUUGAGAUUCAGACUCUCCUGGGGGAGCUACCUGAGAUACCUGUAGAGGAUAUUAACAAUGAUGACCUGCUGAGGGUCCAGAAAUUCAUGCGGCGUAGGAAGUACAAGCUCCAUGCUGCCUUCCUCAACGCCACCAUGGUCAGUGCUAUUGAUGCUCCUGUGGAGUUUGAAAUCAGCAUUGGUAACUAUGGAAACAAACUGGACGAGAACACGGCUCCUUGUGCUUCCACGACUCAGCCGACAAACGCGGUGUUCGACGGCUGUCAUUACUACUUCCUGCCCUGGGCCGGGACCAAGCCUUGUAUUGUCGUGGAAUCAUCCUGGGAGGAUAUCAGCUUCAGGCUGGAGGGGCUCAACCUAAUGCUCAAAAUCAUAGACACUCUGGAAGCAAACAUAGAACAGGUUAAGAUUGGGAUCAAAGCCAAGCUCCCAACGCCUGAGUUAGCUCAGCUUCUGAUCUCACUGCUCGACCAACUGGAACAGGAUUGCAAGAAACCUCUACCUGAGCCGAAGCCAGGUAAACAUGUCAGUAACGAGUUGGACAGGCUCACUCGAGAAUACCGACAGUUUGAGCUGGAGAAUAUUGGACACAGUGUGGGCAAGCUUAAACAGUCCGCUACAGAUGUCCACGAAGCCAUAGCAGAGGUGGAGAACUUCCUACAAAUACUCCGAAAUAUGGCUAAAGAGCCCCAAAACAGUAUGCCGGAUGUGGUUGUGUGGAUGAUCAGUGGAGACAAGAGGUUAGCUUACUACAGAAUCCCGGCUCACGAAGUCUUGUGGUCAGCUAAUCCCGAGUAUAUCGGCAAACAGUGUGGACGACUGCAGACCAUUCAACUCAAAUAUCCAGGCGUGAAGGCAGAGAAGGAGAAGAUAAGUGAGGUUCCUGCGAUGGUGCGAGUGAAGAUCUGGCUGGGUCUGGCUAACGAGGAUGACGCCUGGCAUCACAUGCAGACAGAAGGAGAACAGGCCGUCUUCGCUGAAACUUAUGAGAAUGAGUGUAACUUGCCAGUUGUGGGAUGGACAAAGAAGGGACCCCUCGGACGACCAAAGUGGUCAGAUAGUCAGGGAAAGUGUAAGCUACCCCGAGAGAUGUUCAAUCCUCCCCCAGGGUGGAAGUGGGAGGGGGAUUGGUACGUCAGUCCAGAACUCAGUAUGUUAUUUGACAAGGACGCUGGACACAAGACUUACAUGGAGGAAUGUUACGAGAUGCAGUCACGGCUACCAGCUACAAGUUGGGGACCAGCUACCAGACCGUGGACGGAUGUGAAAGGUGAUGAGAUGCCCCCUAAGGACUCAGUGGAGCUUCCCCCGGGGUGGGUGUGGGAGGAUGUGUGGCAGAUUGACCUGUCCCGCGCGGUCGACGAAGACGGCUGGGAGUACUGCGUAGAGGCCACAAUGGGCGGUUACGGUCCAGUGGAGAAGCGGUACCACCUCUGUCGCCGGCGGCGGUGGGUGAGGACCAGAAAACUGGUGGAGGACGCCAAACAGAAGAAACACAAGGAGAAGAAGAUGGAGGAAGCCGCUGAAGGCUGGGAGUACGCUCCCUUGUUUAACCUCAAGUUCCACCACACUGAACGCACCAUGGACAUGGUUCGGCGACGACGCUGGCACAGGAAGAUGGUCUGCGAGAAGAAGGGAGCUGACUGCUUCUUCGCCAUGAAUUUUGAGGAUGAAGAUGACAAAGAAGACUUCAAUGCAGCAUACGCAGCUCCAAGAAUGUUCCUGACAUUCAAAAAGCCAUACAAGUACCAGUUGAGGGCCUAUGUUUACCAACUUAUGGCCGGGGAUACAGGUAUUUCAGACCCGUACGCCCGCAUUUCCUUCCUGACCCAGAGCUCAGUGACGGAGAGAAUGGAGAAGUCUCUCUGCCCCACCUGGGACCAAACUCUGAUUUUUGAGGAAAUUGAAAUCUACGGUGACCCCCAGGCAUUAGAGGAGAACCCCCCAGAAGUUGUUAUUGAAAUAUUUGAUUACGAUAAGUUUGGGUCCAAUGAGUUCCUGGGCAGAACGAAGGCCCACCCGAUGGUGAAGCUUGACCCGUCCGAUGCCCGCAUGCCUGUUCUACAGUGGUACCCAAUCACGCGUGGGCCAGAAGAUGGAGGGGAACUGCUGGCCGCAUUUGAACUCUUCCUGGUGCCAGACAAGAAUGCUUCAAUGGAAAGUCUGCUUGCUGGCUCAGACCUACCAUUCUUACCUCCAAAGAAAGGAGACCUUUUCCUGGUACCCAAUGGAAUCAGACCAGUAAUGCAGAGAACAGCCAUUGAGGUUCUAUGCUGGGGUGUGAGAAACAUGCAGAAAUUCCAGCUGGCAGCAGUUACCUCCCCUAGUGUGGAAUUUGAAUGUGGAGGUCAUGUGAUGGAAUCCAGCAUUAUCAAAAACACAAAAAAGAACCCCAACUUUAAUGAGAAUGUCUUGUUCUUUGAUGUUAUGUUGCCCCGUGAAGAGCUGUACAUGCCUCCCAUGAAUAUAAGGAUCCGGGAUCACAGACAGUUUGGGAGGAAGCCCACGGUAGGGAUCCACGUCUUGAAGUCCCUAGAGGAGUACCGCUGUGACCCAAUCAGACGCGAACAGGAGGAGGAAGAGGAGGGGGUGCAAGGGGUCAGCAGUUCUGAGAUCACUCAGUCUGAACUUGAGGGUCUGAUGUCCGCGGCAGUCGAUCGAUACAAAGACAUCCAGUCCUCGGUGUCUCAAGUUGACUCCGCCCACACCAGCUAUCAAACAGGAGGACUUGUGAAUGGGGCCCGCAGUGGGGAACAUGUGAUUGAGAUGCCAACGGAAGAAAAGAAGAAAGAGGUAACAAUCAAAUGAAAAAGAAAAAUAUAAA